AUGUCUGUGCCGAGGACCAGAGGAAUUCCCCCUCUCCCUGCCUCGCCUCCCCCGUCUUUCCUCCCAUCCUCAUCGUCCUCCUGCAGUUUUUUCUCCCUCCUUCUCUCCCUCUCUCUCUCCCUCUCUCUCUUUCUGUCCUCUUCGUCGGCACAGCAGACCGUGCCUGUCAUCUCCACGGCGCAGGGCCGCAUCCGUGGCGUCCUGACCCCGCUGCCCUCUGACCUCCUGGGGCCCGUCAUCCAGUACUUGGGAGUGCCUUACGCCAGGCCACCUACUGGGGACCGGCGCUUCCAGGCCCCCGAGCCUCCGCUACCGUGGCCAGGAAUACGUAACGUGACGCAGUUUGCCCCCGUGUGCCCGCAGUCGCUGGACGAGAGGAGCAUGCUGGGAGACAUGAUGCCAUCCUGGCUCACGGCUAACCUGGAUAUAGCGGCGACGUACCUCACUCACCAGAGCGAGGAUUGUCUCUACCUCAACAUCUACGUGCCCACUGAGGAAGACAUCCAUGAGGAGGGGGGUCAGCGGCCGGUGAUGGUCUAUGUCCACGGUGGCUCGUACACAGAAGGCACCGGAAACAUGAUGGAUGGCAGCGUGCUGGCAAGCUAUGGAAACGUCAUUGUCAUAACCCUCAACUACCGCCUCGGAGUACUGGGGUUUCUGAGUACUGGAGACCAGGCGGCGAAAGGGAACUAUGGGCUGCUGGACCAGAUCCAGGCUCUGCGCUGGGUCAAGGAGAACAUCGCGGCCUUCGGUGGAGACCCAGACAGGGUCACUGUGUUCGGCUCCGGGGCCGGGGCCUCCUGUGUCAGCCUGCUCACCUUGUCUCACUACUCUGAAGACCUGUUCCAUAGGGCCAUCAUCCAGAGUGGCAGCGCUUUAGCCAGCUGGGCUGUCAACUACCAGCCCAGCAAGUACGCCCGGCAGCUGGGCGAGAGGGUGGGAUGUGGCAUUGACGACAGCACCCAAUUGGUCGCCUGCCUCCAGGGCCGGAGUUACCGCGAACUUGUGGAACAGACCAUAACGCCGGCCAAAUACCACACGGCUUUUGCCCCAGUGAUCGACGGCGAUGUUAUACCGGACGACCCGCAGAUCCUGAUGGAGCAGGGAGAGUUUCUGAACUAUGACGUAAUGCUGGGGGUCAACCAGGGUGAGGGGGUGAAGUUUGUUGAAGGCAUUGUGGACUCAGAGGACGGGGUCACCGCCGAGGACUUUGACUUUGCCGUUUCAGACUUUGUGGAUAGUUUGUAUGGAUACCCAGAAGGCCGAGACACACUGAGAGAAAGUAUAAGGUUCAUGUACACGGACUGGGCCGAUCGUGACAACGCAGAAACGCGGCGGAAGACUCUCGUAGCACUGUUCACAGACCACCAAUGGGUGGCGCCGGCAGUUGCCACCGCUGACCUCCACGCUCAGUACGGAUCACCCACCUACUUCUACUCCUUCUACCACCACUGCCAGAGUGACGCCACGCCUCCCUGGGCCGACUCCGCCCAUGGCGACGAGGUGCCCUAUGUGUUUGGUGUGCCCAUGGUGGGACCCACUGAUCUGUUCAACUGUAACUUUUCAAAGAACGACGUGAUGCUGAGCGCCGUCGUCAUGACUUACUGGACCAACUUUGCCAAGACUGGUGACCCAAACCAGCCGGUACCUCAAGAUACCAAGUUCAUCCACACAAAGCCCAAUCGCUUCGAGGAAGUGGCCUGGUCCAAGUACACCCCGAAAGAGCAGCUGUACCUGCACAUUGGCCUCAAGCCCCGGGUCAGAGACCACUACCGCGCCACCAAGAUCUCUUUCUGGCUGCAGCUGGUUCCUCACUUGCAUCACGUCAACGAGCUCCUCCAGUCGGUGUCCUCCUUCACACACAGUCCCUCUCCGCAGGACGACACCCCUUUUUCUUACACCAAGCGUCUGUCCAAAGGCUGGCCUCCCAGUAGUACGCGCCACCCAGGGUCACAAGGAGGCACGCCGCAGCCCCCUGAGCCGGCGUUGGGCCAAGACGGAGAGGAAAAUGGAGUUCGCGUCCCGAAUGAGGACUAUUCAACUGAACUGUCGGUGACCAUCGCGGUGGGAGCGUCACUCUUGUUUCUUAACAUCCUGGCAUUUGCGGCUCUGCUGUACAAGAAAGACAAGAGGCGUCUGGAGCAUCGCAGGCCACGUCCACUUCCUCCCCCGAGACGUGACAUCACACCUGCAGACGUUGCUGCUCACCUGCAAGGAGAAGGACUGAUGUCGCUACAGGUGAAGCAGUUGGAGUGCGAUGUGGCAUCAGCAGACGAGAGGAACAACACUCACCACCAUCACACUCUAGACACCCUGGACGCCCUGGACGGCUUGGACACCCAGGACAUCUACAGCACGCUGGACACCGUGCGCCUCACCUGCCCGCCUGACUACACCCUCACCCUGCGCCGCUCGCCCGACGACGUCCCCCUCAUGACCUCCCUGACCCCGGGAUCACUACCGGUGACCCCUGGGUCACACCCAGUUACCCCUGCAACACCUAUGACCCCCAUGACCCCCGGAUCAGUGGUGGGGAUGAGGCUGGGGCACCCGCACCAGGGAUACACACACCAUAGCCCAUAUAGUAAUACACACCUGCCGCACACACACAUCGCCGCGCACACACACUCCACCACGCGUGUAUAACCGCCGCAAAAUACUCACACAUUCAGAGACACAGAAGCCACACACACUCAUACUAACACACACACAUGCACACACACACACACACACACACACACACACACACACACACACACACACGCAGACACACAUACACAACAAAAGACUUAAAUACCUCUACUAAUUACCCUGCAGGAUUGUUACAGUCGGAGUGACAGAGAGACAUUAUCAGUAACAGGAUGGAAAGACAGACAGCUGUGUGUUGCAUGUCGGGGAACUGAAAACGGAGCGGAUCUCGGAAGUUGCAGUUCUGCGCAUCGUUUUGCUCACCAGUCGGUGCGAGACCAAGGCAGGCAUCAAAUGUCUAAAAACUAACUUGCUUUGGAAUUUCAAUCUUCUGCUUUUUCUACAUCUGAAGAGGAGGACUGGCAUGGGAAAAGGGUCAGUUCUGGGUCACUUUACACCUCCUACCUGGACUGCAGAAUCGAGCAGAGCUGGGAGUGAACCGAGCAGAUGCAGAUGCAGAACUGAGCUGAGAAGUACCACACACAGACUGCUGAUGUCAACUUGAACAACCUGUGAAAUGUGAAUGUAGCAUUUUUCCAUUUAAAGAUCAAAGGCCCUAUCUGCCAAGGAUCAAACUAAGCUGAAGAGGAAGUAACACAUUUUAGAGAGAGAUGGAUGUGAAAACAGAGAGAGGGGAAGAGGGGAUUAAAAUAACAGCAUGUGUGAGAGGAAAACUUAGUCAGACGGUGGGAAAGAGAUUAAGAUUUUAUUGAGAGGGAUUUAACAGCUGUGAGAGUGAGGAGAAAAAGUGAGAUAGAGUGAUAUGGAAAACACAGGAAAAGAGACGGAGCCAAGGGAGAGAAAUUCGAUUUGGAAGAAGAAAGGGCCUCAGAGGCAGUUGCCAGACUUACUGAAGAAUCACUCUAACCAGCUAUGUGUUCAACUCUUGUAAAUAGAAUGGAAAGAUAAAGAUGAUAUAUUAUGAUUUAUAGCAUUUACUGCUCUUGCAUUAAAACAUGACUUAUUUAACCACAUUAUUGCUUUCAUUUCAGAUAUUACUGUAUUAAUGUAUAGACGUCCUGAAGCAAGGCUGGUAGUCUUUCUAUCUCACCCACUGUAGUAUGUACACAGUACCUUUAUUUAAAGGCUAUAUUCGCUAUGCACAGUCAUUUCUAUAAUUCUAAAGUAUGUAAGCAUCUAGGUACUUGUUUAGAUCUCGAAGUUGAACUAUAGGACAUUUUUUUCACACCAUCCUGUCUGUUUGUUUGACCACUGGAUGAAGAGCUAGUACUGUGUAGAUAAUGCAAUAUUGGUUUGAUGAUUGAACACCAGCCAAAAACCAUGACCCUUAACCCAUCACACCUAAUCUUUCCCUUUGCCCUUUCCCCACUGUUCCUACAAGUCUUUUUAUUUCUCCCUACCUGAACGAAAAACGCCUUACCUGUAAUCCCUGAAAACUUCAACCUUAAUCUUUGGUCUGUGCAAGAAGGGUUAAAGGUGGUAAUGAUUCAGGGGGUCCCAAGCUGCAGAGGGGUUAGGGUUAGCCCCUGCCUGAACUGCCUAAUCUUGACUUUGUCCCGUUCAGAAGUAUUAAUAGAAAGACUUUGGCCAAGUUGUUCUAAUAGAUGCGCUGUGUUGCCACUCCCUUCUGUGAAAUUUAAAAAUAGCAAUGCCCUCUACCACAUCGCCGUCGUGAAAUGCCCAACAUUCUCAAAGUGAAAUGGCAUGGCCAAAGCCAUGUGGUGGGGUUGUGGUGCUAACAUGGCUGCCCCUGAGAGGCACAACGGUCAAAUUCUGUUUAUGUGUUGGCUUUUAACUCUUAACCCUGAUUGUCACCGCCAUAAGGCCAAAAACCCAGAUGCUAACCCACCUGCCAGCCAACCAGCCAACCAGUCACUAACUCUUGUACCUUGAUCCUAACCACUAUCUUAACCAAAACCCCCCAAAUCCUAAUCCUGCUGUUGUACCUGUCCUAUAUCUUGUUUUACACCUUUUUCCUCUGGUUUCUUCACCCUAACCCGAGCCCCUUCCUACCCCACUUGGCCUUCUUCUAGCCUCGUCUGUGCCGCUCUCUAGCAGACACAUGCAGUUUUGCCAUAGCGAGGCCUAUUUAACCUCUUCUCAUCCUAAGUAACUUCUUCAUGAGAUAUUUCAGUUGAUUGUUUGUCAACAGAAUACAUGAUUAAGAAAGCCAAACAAUUGUGGAUGGCAAGCAAUGAACUUUUACAAAAUGAUGUUAAAAAAAAAAAAAAAAAAACUUUAGCGGAUGUUUGAUUGAUUAUUAUUGAUUAUUAUUUUCAUAUGGGUUUAUUGACUCAGCGGAUGGCUGGAUUGUGUCAAGCAUAAAACAUUUCUGCUGCAUUUUUGAAAAAUAAAAAUAUCAGUAUUUUACAAUUUA